AAUACGUUAAUAAAUUAAAGGUUUAACCAUAAAUCGCAUAACAUAUCCGACCGCGCAAAGAGCGAUUUCAUGAAAUAGAUAAUGGACAUCGGAAAAUCUAUAUCACCAUGCUUCCCGCCACGAGCAGUUCAGCCGCAGCUCAAACUCAUGGCCGCCGUCGUAAGCUUCCUCUCGCUUCCCGCACGUGCCCCGCCACCCUCCUUCACUUUUGUCACACGCUGCACCGCCUCACCAUCCGCAACAACCAGAUUUUCUCAGCAGACGGCGUCGGCGCCUCUACUGCUCACUCACGAGGAGCCUAAGACAAACCCUAUCAAAUCCUCUUCCUGUGAGCUUCACUGCCGUCACUUUGAAUCCUGCUCCGGUUGUACUCACGAGUACAACCUGCACCAGCCACCUAUUCUGGAUGAGGCGAUAAGAUUCUUUAAGAGCACCGGUGUUUCUAACUUCACUUUCGAUACCUGCAGACUUUGGGGAUGGAGGUGUCGUGCCAAGCUUGCAGUUCGAGGCUUAUCUAUGAAACCUUUAAUUGGUCUUUAUGAAGAGGGCACUCAUAAUGUGGUUGAUAUUCCUGAAUGCAAAGCUCAUCAUCCGAGCAUGAAUGCAGCUGUUGACCUGCUCAAGCAAGGAAUGGCCGAACUUAAUAUUGAGCCCUAUGAUGAAGACGGAGGAACGGGUGAAUUAAGAUAUGUCCAGAUGGCUGUCACAACAUACAGCACUUCUCUUCCUGCCUCAGAAAGAUAUAAAAAUGGUAAGGUGCAAGUUACUUUGGUGUGGAAUGAUAGAAGUGAGAAUUCGACUAGUUUUGCAAAGUUAAAUGCCUUGGCCAAUUACAUGUGGAGAAAAGGGGGGCCAAGGAGGGAACUACAUUUGAUUCAUUCUGUUUGGGCUAACUUUCAGACAUCGACAAGCAAUGUUAUUUUUGGGAACAGAUGGAGACAUCUUUUAGGGGAGUCAGACUUCUGGGAGCAUGUUGGAGGAAUUGAUGUUUCAAUAGCCCCCUCAAGCUUCGGGCAAGCAAAUACACGGGCUUUUGAUUCUUUACUCCGUAAACUUCAAAAAUACGUCCCUUAUGGAGCGUCAGUUGUUGAUCUUUAUGCUGGUGCUGGGGUGAUUGGUUUGUCUUUAGCUGCCACAAGGAAGUGCAGGUCUGUGAAAUGUGUGGAGGUGAAUAAAGAAGCAAAGCAUUCUUUUGAAAAGACAGCUUCUCGAUUACAAAUUGAUGAGGAGAGUAGCAUCAGCUGGCAUCAAGCAGAUACCUCAAAAGAACCACACACUUGGCUACUGGGAUCCGAUGUCGUUGUGGUUGACCCUCCUAGGAAAGGGCUAGAUCCAUCUCUGCUUGGUGCUUUGCAGUCUGUGGCAUUCAUGAGGAGAAACAGCUCUGAGAAAAAGGUCAAAAUGGAAAAGAGACCAUGGGUUCUUCGAGAAAGAGAGACUUCUGUGCAAAGUAAUGGCCAGAUGGCUCAAGAUGAAGCUCCGUCACUUCCACAAACUCUUAUAUAUAUCAGCUGUGGAUGGGAUAGUUUCAAAAAGGAUUGCAAAUCUCUGCUCUCUAGUAGGGCAUGGGAACUGACCAAGGCGCAUGGUUUCAAUUUUUUUCCUGGAACACAGAGUAUUGAGGUCCUGGCUGUGUUCAAGAGAGGCUCUGGAGGAAAAUUAAAGAGAAAAAAAUCUGGGAAAAAGAAAAGACUGGCUUGAGGAGCACUUCUACAUCCAUAUAUGUGAUCCAGACAAAGAUUUGGAGAAAUUUUGUUAAAUGAGCUCUGAAUGACAAAACAUUUCAAUCUUCUGUCAUUAUAUAACUGCUAUUUUGAGCAACAUUGUAUAUAUAGAUAGAUUGAUCAAAGAGAUGUGAUGAAUUAUAAAUGAUGUACGAUUAACAUUUGUAUCGUGAUAAACAAUCUACACCCCUUUGUAUA